UCUGGGAAUUAGACAGUUUGUUUUGUUAAAACAACGUUAUAUUUGUAAUUACCGUAUAACGCAAUCUUUGUUCAUAUAUUGAUAAUUGCUACUCAUUAUAUAUAAUCAAGAUGGUGAAGAUUAUGAAGACAGGCAAAGUCGUGCUGGUCCUCAGUGGACGGUACGCAGGUAGAAAGGCAAUAGUAAUGCGUAAUUUUGAUGAUGGCACUUCAGAAAAACAAUAUGGACAUGCUAUGGUUGCUGGAAUUGAUCGGUAUCCUCGCAAGGUUCACAAGAGAAUGGGGAAAGCAAAGCUGCAUAAACGAUCUAAAAUCAAACCUUUUGUUAAAAUUCUAAAUUACAAUCAUCUAAUGCCAACAAGAUACACAGUAGAUUUACAAUUAGAUAAAGUAGCUCCUAAAGAUCUUAAAGAUCCAAUGAAGCGCAAGAAAGUUCGUUUCCAGACACGUGUCAAAUUUGAAGAAAGGUAUAAAAAUGGCAAAAACAAGUGGUUCUUCCAGAAGUUAAGGUUUUGAUUAUUUUUCAUUAAAUAUAUGUGCAGAGGUGUAUAAAAUAGAAAAUAUAAUUUUUUCUAUUGC